GAGAAGAUUAGCAUGGCCCCUGCGCAAGGAUGACACGCACAAAUCGAGAAAUGGUCCAAAUUUUUUUUUAUUUCCUUCCUCUCUUUCAAUCGUCGUCGAUAUUUCUAGGCUAAUGAGAUGACAUUAUGCCUCAAUUCCAAUCUUACUUGCUCUCAGCUGCUUCUCCAAUGGAUUUAGAAUUCACAGCUUUUUUGAGGCUUGCCUGGAUUGCAGCAAUACUUCCAAUACUCGUGGCAUCUAUUCCAAUUAAAUCUCUCGAUUUCUUUCGUAGUUUGCUCUUAACAUUUGCUGCUAGAGGAAAAACCUCGCACUCUUUAGAUAAAUUCUCAAUUCCUCAAAGAUAUUUCUUACAUUUCUAUGUCUUAGCUGUGGUGUUAACAACAUGCUUGGCCCUUUCAACAUGGCUCUAUGCAUAUAAUUGCGAUGGCCAUAGAACUUCUGCUGGGCACAGAAUUAAGGCUUGGAGAACCGUAUUUGUUCUUUUAUUGCUGGAAGCUCAAGUCUUGAGACGCUUAUAUGAGUCAAAAUGCGUGUUUAUUUAUAGCCCAUCAGCUCGGAUGCACAUCCUUGGUUACUUUACUGGUUUGUUCUUUUAUACAGCAGCACCUCUAUCACUUGCCGGUAGAUUUUCCCUGGAAGCAUUGAGUUAUUCAGUUCAUCUAUUGACGGAAUUCAUAGUCAAAGGGCCGACUGAAUUACCGGUUGAGUUCAAAUGGAAGGAAAUAUUGAAACCUUUUAUCUGUUUGGGAUGGUGUCAGUGGAUUGGGUCUACUAUUUUUAUCUGGGGUUGGUUACAUCAGCUUCGUUGUCAUCAAAUUCUUGGGUCUUUGCGUGAAAAUAAAAGAGAUAAUGGCUACGUAAUCCCCUAUGGAGACUGGUUUGAAUAUGUCUCUUGCCCGCAUUAUCUUUCUGAAAUCGUGAUAUAUGCUGGGAUUUUGGUCGCCAGUGGGGGUUUGGAUUUCACUGUGUGGCUUGCGUUGUUGUUUGUCGUGGCAAAUUUAGUAUUUGCAUCAGCAGAGACUCAUCGAUGGUAUCAUCUCAAGUUUGAUAGUUAUCCCAAGUCCCGGAAAGCUAUUAUUCCUUUGAUAUAUUAAUUAUCAGAGACUCUAUAUCAGCAGAGACUCUAUUUAAAACUAUUCUAUAAAAUAUUCAGAAAAUAGUAUCUUUCAUUC